AAGCAGGGCUGUUAGAGAAUGCUGUCAGGAAAAUUAUUUGCAUUUGGUAGAACUGCCCCUCAGUUCUUCCGGCGCACACUGCCCUUGUGGCACUUUAACACUGGUCAUUUGUUGUAGGCUCUGCAUUUGAUGUUUUGAUUUUUACCAGUUGUUCUGCAGAAAAGGAUUGUGCAACAGUGGAGGACUACUGAUCUUUGGGAAGAGGCAGACAACAUGCAUUCAGAUCUCAAACUCCAGAUGGGGAAGGCUCUUUAAUUGUGUAGUAAAGAAAUUGCUUAAAUUAUGGAUAAUCUACUGCAUAAGUCUGUUUUCUCCUAUUUCGUAAAGCUUCCUAUCCAUGCAAUUUGGAAACUUGUAUCAGCAGUGAAAGACAAGAGGAUUCAAGAAAAGGUUGCACGUCUUCAAAAAAUCCCUGAUGGUGACAAUGAGACAAUGAUUCCUGUACUGUCUUCAAAAAAAGCAAGUGAAUUGCCAGUUGAUGAAGUAGCAAGCAUUUUGCAAGCUAAUCUUCAGAAUGGCUUAAAAAACUGUGAAGUUUGUCAUAGACGGGCAUUCCAUGGAUGGAAUGAAUUUGAUAUUAGUGAAGAUGAACCACUGUGGAAAAAAUAUAUUUCCCAGUUUAAAAAUCCCCUUAUUAUGCUUCUCCUGGCAUCUGCAGUCAUCAGUGUUUUAAUGCAUCAGUUUGAUGAUGCUGUCAGUAUCACUGUGGCAAUACUUAUUGUUGUUACAGUUGCCUUCGUUCAGGAGUACAGAUCAGAAAAAUCUCUUGAAGAGCUUAGUAAACUUGUGCCUCCAGAAUGCCAUUGUGUACGAGAAGGUAGGGUGGAACAUACCCUUGCAAGAGAUUUAGUCCCAGGUGAUACAGUCUGCCUGUCAGUUGGUGACAGAGUCCCAGCUGAUCUACGAUUAUUUGAGGCUGUGGACCUUUCUGUUGAUGAAUCUAGUCUCACGGGUGAGACGGCUCCUUGCUCUAAAUCUACAGCUCCUCAGCCAGCAGCAACCAAUGGAGACCUUACUUCUAGAAGCAAUAUUGCUUUCAUGGGAACAUUGGUCAGGUGUGGAAAAGCAAAGGGGAUUGUUAUUGGAACGGGAGAAAACUCUGAAUUUGGGGAGGUUUUCAAAAUGAUGCAAGCAGAAGAGGCUCCAAAGACACCUCUGCAGAAGAGCAUGGAUCUCUUGGGAAAGCAGCUUUCCUUGUAUUCCUUUGGUAUAAUAGGUGUUAUUAUGCUGGUUGGCUGGUUGCAAGGAAAGCAUAUCCUUGAUAUGUUCACAAUUGGUGUGAGUUUGGCUGUAGCUGCAAUCCCUGAAGGACUCCCAAUUGUGGUAACGGUGACACUGGCCCUUGGUGUGAUGAGAAUGGUGAAGAAACGGGCUAUUGUAAAAAAACUGCCAAUCGUUGAAACUUUAGGUUGUUGCAACGUAAUUUGUUCAGAUAAAACUGGAACUCUGACAAAGAAUGAAAUGACUGUUACUCAUAUUUUUACUUCCGAUGGACAGCAUGCUGAGGUUACUGGAGUAGGCUAUAACAGGUUUGGAGAAGUGAUGGUUGAUGGUGAAGUUAUUCAUGGUUAUAACAACCCAUCCAUUAGCAAAAUUGUUGAGGCCGGUUGUGUGUGCAAUGAUGCUUUGAUUAGAAACAACACGUUAAUGGGGAAGCCUACAGAAGGGGCUUUAAUUGCACUUGCUAUGAAGAUGGGUUUAGAUGGACUCCAGGAAGACUACAUAAGGAAGGCUGAAUAUCCCUUCAGCUCAGAACAAAAAUGGAUGGCUGUUAAAUGUGUUCACAGAACACAGCAGGACAAACCUGAAGUUUGCUUUAUGAAAGGUGCUUAUGAACAAGUCAUUAGAUACUGUACAUCAUACAACUGUAAGGGGCAGACCCUACCUCUUGUUCAGCAACAGAGAGAGGAAUACCAGCAAGAGAAGACAUCUAUGGGCUCUGCAGGACUUAGGGUUCUGGCCUUAGCUUCUGGGCCUGAGUUAGGGCAGCUGACUUUUUUGGGGCUUGUGGGAAUAAUUGAUCCUCCACGGACUGGUGUAAAAGAAGCUGUUACUACACUUAUCACAUCAGGAGUUGCAAUAAAAAUGAUUACUGGAGAUUCACAGGAGACUGCAGUUGCCAUUGCUAGUCGACUAGGAUUGUAUUCCAAAAAUUCACAGGCAAUCUCUGGAGAAGAAAUAGAUGAUUUGGAUAUUCAGCAGCUUUCUCAAAUAACACCAAAGGUUGCAGUAUUUUACAGAGCCAGUCCCCGACAUAAAUUGAAGAUUAUAAAGUCCCUGCAAAAUAAUGGUGCAGUAGUAGCUAUGACAGGAGAUGGAGUAAAUGAUGCUGUUGCUCUGAAGGCUGCAGACAUUGGUGUAGCAAUGGGACAAACGGGAACAGAUGUUUGUAAAGAGGCAGCAGAUAUGAUCCUCGUGGAUGAUGAUUUUCAGACAAUAAUGUCUGCAAUUGAAGAGGGUAAAGGAAUUUAUAAUAACAUUAAAAAUUUUGUUAGAUUUCAACUGAGCACGAGUAUAGCAGCACUGACUUUAAUCUCACUGGCUACAUUAAUGAACUUUCCUAAUCCUCUCAAUGCCAUGCAGAUCUUAUGGAUCAAUAUUAUUAUGGAUGGACCUCCAGCUCAAAGUCUUGGGGUGGAGCCUGUGGAUAAAGAUGUUAUUCAGAAGCCUCCAAGAAAUUUGAAGGACAGCAUUCUGACCAAAAACCUGAUUGUUAAAAUACUGGUUUCAUCAGUAAUUAUCGUGUGUGGAACACUGUUCGUCUUCUGGAGAGAGUUAAGAGACAAUGUAAUAACACCUCGUGAUACAACCAUGACUUUCACCUGUUUCGUAUUUUUUGAUAUGUUCAAUGCUUUGAGUUCUAGAUCUCAGGCAAAAUCUGUGUUUGAGAUUGGACUUUGCAGUAACAAAAUGUUCUGCUAUGCCGUCCUUGGGUCUAUAAUGGGGCAGUUAUUGGUCAUUUACUUUCCUCCACUUCAGAAGGUUUUCCAGACAGAGAGCCUGAGUGUCUUGGAUUUACUGUUCCUUCUGGGACUCACUUCCUCUGUGUGCAUAGUGACUGAGAUCAUAAAGAAGUUUGAAAGAAGCAAGGAAAAGAUCCAGAAACGUGGAAGUUCUUCUUCGUCAACUUCGUCUUUUCUUGAUGUAUGAUGCAUAUUGCAUUCAUUUGUUUGCAAACUUAGGGAUUGCUGUCUAAAGAUUUAGGAGAAAGAAAACAAUAUUUGAAGGAUAGAGAAAUCCUGCGGGCUUUUGACAAGUCCAUUGUUUCACUGGCUAAUGAUGAACGUUCAUGUUUCAAGACUGUUUAGAAUUUAACUUCCAGCUGUGGGAGUAACAAAUGAAAUUAUGCAACUUUGGUAACAUUUUUCCUCAAACAUAAAUUUACUUUUGAGAUUGAAUGGGAUUUUGUGUGUGUGGGGGGGUUAAUUUAAAGAAAGAUCUAAGCCCAAGUCCCAUUUUCUGCACUUAAAAGAUAUAACUGUGUAAAAUCCUUCUCUUAGAUAUAAAUAUUUUAGUUUGUUUUUAUUUAAAACAUUGUACUAUUUUACUUCUAUGGUGGUGGGACUUUGCUACUAAUACAAGGAUAAAAAAAUAUUUCAGAGGCAUUCCACUGGGUUUAGAGUCUGUCACAAGAGUGCCAUAUUCUAGCUACUGUAUUUAUUUACUUUAUCCUGCAAUGUGUAAGCGGCUCAAGUACCUUGUGCUACAGGUUUUUAUUUUGUAUCCCGAGGUUUUUUUGGUUUUGUUUUUUUUUUUUUUUUUUUGCACAGGAUGUGACCGCUGUCAGAUCACUGUUUUUCCUUUUCUUUUUCUGUGAUUGAAAAGCCUAUACUGCAAUUUGAAGUAAAUGUUUGCUUUUCUUAAAA